CUCAGCUACACACAGAGACAGUCAGCAGCGUUUGGAGAGUUAUGGUUAACAAAACAUACCUCAAGUUUAGACUUGACGGGGAAAAGUGAAACAUGGCUAACUGAGUAGUCGUUCUGGGGCUGAGGCAGAGAGCUUUAUAUUUAUGGGUGCGCUGAUUUAAGCUUUGAAGGCUGGAAACCAUUUGGAAUGCAAACAAAGUCUGUCUGUCUCAUAAAUUCUAUUUCCUCAUAUGAAGCUUGAACUUUGAGCCGUUGGCAGUGUUUCACACUGAGGUUUCUCUGUCUGACGGAGAAGAGCAAUGACGGAGCAUGUGAUGAAAAUACUGAUAAUUGGUGAUGGGAAAGUGGGGAAGUCUUCCUUCGUACAACGCUAUGUCAACGGGAAGUUCAACAGUACGUACAAGACGACAGUGGGAGCGGAUUUUUCUGUGAAAGUGCUCCAGUGGUCGGAUAAAGAAAAAGUCAGACUGCAUCUGUGGGAUAUCGCAGGCCAGGAGCGUUUCAUAUCCAUGACCAGGGCCUAUUACAAAGGCGCGCUGGGCUGUGUGGUGAUGUUUGACGUCACCAGUUCAUCCAGCUUCCUCAGGUGUCUCCAUUGGAAACAGGACCUGGACAACAAGGCCAUGCUGCCCAACGGAGACUCUAUCCCCUGUAUCCUGCUGGCCAACAAGUGUGACCUGUCCCAGUGGGUCGUGUCAACAGACAGCAUCAACAAGUUCAGUCAGGCCAACGGCUUCAUCGCUUGGAUGGUGACUUCAGUCAAGGACAACAAGAACAUUGAAGAAGCUAUGAGGAGGUUGGUGGAGGAGAUUCUGUCAGUUCAGUCCAGUCUGGACCCACUGCAGCCCAGUUCUGGAGGCCGCGUUCAUCCUCGACUGGACUCGGAGCUUAACAGCAGCACAGGAACAAGAUGCUGCUGAAACUCUGCUUGUUCAGUAAAACAGUCAAAUCUGGGGUGUAAUAGUUCUACAACUCUAAAGUGUUUUUUGUUUUUGUUUUUGUUUUUGUUCUUUUUGAUUGAAUGACCACAAUAGUAAUUUCAUCUUAAAUAGAGACUUUAUAGAGACCACUUUAUAAAUAGACACUAUAACUGAAGUAUCGACAUCACACACUAAAAGGACGACUUAUAGUAAGAAAUUGAGAUGACUGAUGUUUGUUUUUGUUGUUUAAUUUUUGAUGUUGGUGUGUAACAGUGGUGGAGAAAUAAUUUACAUUCUUCACUUAAGUAAAACCACGACAGUAAAAUGCUCUGUGAUGAAUAAAAGUCCUGCACUGGCAAUGUUAAGAAAAA